GAUAUUAAUGGAUUGACUUUACAAAGUUCACCAAAUGAGAAUAUUAAACAGUCUGGCAGUGCACCAAAGCAGUUGACACACAAUUUCGAAGGACGUAAAAAUGAGUGUGAAGUCAGUCUGUAUCAAAUCGAUAACCACGAAAGCAUUAUGGAUCCCCAAACAAAUAAUGAGAUGGAGAUUGGAUGUGAUAGUGUCUCAAAUGAUAACAACAAAGGUCAUGAAAGGGGAACUGAUCAGACCAGCAUUGUGCCUGAUCAUACACAAUUACACGGUUCAAAAGAGGAGCGAACGAAGCAGUGUGUAUCGAUACAGAGCAGUGAACAGCAACGACAAGGAUAUAUAUCAACAUUAGAUAGUAUGAAUAAACAUUUAGAUGCGGAACAAAGGCAUAAUAGAGGAGGUAAAGACACAUCAACUGAUAAUGAAAGGAAGAACAAAGAAACGAGGGAUGAAAAAGCCAUUAACUUAAAACCGGUUAAGGCAAACACGACUAGUCUUAUCGUCAAAGAUACAGGUAUACAGUUAAAAGAUGACAAGAAAUCGUUGACAAGCAGAAGCGGUAGACAGAACAUCAGUAAACAGUCUACCAAAACUAAAGCAACAAACAGGCAGUUAGCAAGCUCAGUUUCAAGUGUUCCUGUUCCAAAGAUAAGUAGACUUCAAAAUACAAGAAAACUGACAGGUCAAUCAAUUGGCGAGAUCAAAGGCACUAUAAAAUCACCUGGCGGGUCGAUUUGUGCUUCUUCACCUCCUGACAGUUGCAAUUCUUCAACUAAAACGUUCAGUGAGGGCAGUAAUUCGCCAAGGUCUUCAAUGGAAAGGUCAACUGAAUCAGACCCUGUAGAUCCUGAUACUCCUACACCAAAGAGUCCCAAAUUACGCAUUCAUCAAACAAAAACCUCACGUCAAAGAGCCAGGAAUGCCAAGAGUCCAACAGAAACAAAGCACUUAAUACUGUCUGAAUCAACCGAGCUAGGACCAAAAGCUGCAAAUUCCAGCAAAGUAUCAAAGAAAACACCAAUAUUGACAAGAAAAGACAUUUCUAAAAAUCAGGACUGUGUGAGAGCAAGUUCUCUUAGCCCUCAUCUUGCCGUGACACGAAAAUUAAAGUCUACAUCUGUUAGUCCUGUACUUCAAAAGCGAACAGUUACACGUACAACACAUAGUCCUGACCUGACAAAGAAGGCCGUUAAGAGUCCUAACUUGUCUAGGCAGAAAGUAACAGGAUUGGCUGUCGCUUCAAGGCGCGAAAGUCGGUCUUCGAGUGCUAGUCGAUCAAGCAAAGAGUCAACCCCAGAUAAUUCUUUGAACUUAAGCUCCACAUCAAAGGCUACUUUACCUUUAAGAGGUCAGAGCGAUGCGGCGAAGAGGCCAAUUACUUCGUCAUCAACAAACGAUAAGAAACAAACAUUUCUACCCGUAAAUUCUUUAAAAACAAGUAAAUUAAAAAUCCCGUGUGCAAAUUCAAAACUUCAAGAUAAAACUGGACAAAAUAAACCUUCAGCGUCUUCUAUAGGUGUUAAAACACAAAGAAAUGUUAUUCCUGUGCGAAAAGCCAGAACAACAACGUUACUGAAAAGCCCAAACGAAAGUCCAAACAUGUCCAGAAAAACUGAUAAAGCAAAGAGUGGACUUCCUAACAAAUCAAACGAAAGCAAUCAAAACAGUCUAAGAGUGAAAUCAGGUCAGACAAAAGAACAUCAACCUGAUCUUAAGAAAGAAACAAAUGAAUCGGAUAAAACCAAACAUGAAUCAAAGGAAGAAGAAGUUAAGUCUGACACAAAUAUACAAAGAAAAACACAAUCUACAAAAUCUGAUGUAAAGCAUGACCAAGAGAGCAAACAAAAUUCUCCAGCAUUGCCCAAAAAAUCAACUAGUCCAGUUCCUGAAACAAGAAAAAUUGUAAGUCCUCAAGUCAAAAGAAAACCUAAUGUUAAGAGUCCAAUUACAAGUAGAAAGCCUACAAGUAGCAGCAUUCUAAAGAGUCCGGAACUUUGUAGAAGUAAAACAAUCAAGGGCUCAAAUAUGCGUGAAACUGCAGUGGAAAAAUCAAUGUUACCGAAAUCAAUCAAAGCCCCUAAGAAAAUUGAUGAGAAAAGUAGCAGUAGAAUAGAACAAAAGGGAAAUGCUGAAGUGAUUAUAAAAGAUAACAACCACCUCCCAAUAACAACGUCCAAAUUGGACAGCAAAAGAGUAAUCUCACGACCUAUUUCUAAACAAAAAAUAACUGGUGUUCAUAAUGCAUCAAACCCGAGUUCUACCCUGAGAUCCAAAACAAUCGCACCUACCUCCAUUCCAAAGACUCUGCCGACAAAAGCUGCUAAUCUCUCAAAAUCUCAUUCUGAUGCCAAGUCUAAUAUCCCCGCGCCUCGUACAUCCACCCCUAUACUUCAGAGUUCCGCAGAUAUGCAAAGGAAAAAAUUAUCGACAACCAAAACAACUUCUUCAAAAAACAAUAUAAAGAAACCUCCAGAUAUGAAGAUAAAAACAGAUAUGAGGCAAGUUGAGAAAAAUAUUUCAGGGAAAAAUGAUAAAAUCAAGCGCAUGCGAAAUGAAAAAAUGAACAAAGAAAGUUCUACAACAUCCCCAUAUUUAUCUAGAAAAUCACCGAACAUAAAUGUUAAAAAGCAGGAAUAUACAACAACAUCAGAUGAAAACAGGUGCACGCUAUCAAUGGCAGAGGACGGUUAUAGCGAAACUAUUAGCUCAAUUUCAACAGAUAAUCUAACCCAGAGAUGCACAACUGACAGCAGUCAAAUUUCAUCAGACGUAAUUAAAGAAAAAAAGAGAUGUGAGGAAUUCGUGUCCAUUAAUUCAUCAAGUACUUUAGAAACCAAUUUUGGACAAAAAAUCAAUGAAGCUAAUAAAGCUGGAGACGUUUCCACGUCCAGUGAAGAAUACUGGUCCGCUAGUGACGAUGAAAAUUUGGAUAAUUUAUCAUCCCUAGAUAUUACACAUUCCAAUAAAAUACAAUGUUUCGGACCUUCACAGGCUUCUUAUCAGGAUUUGGAUCUGGGAAAAAGAUUAGGAAACACUAAAGAGGAAUCAAGCGUGGCCGAAUUCAUAAAAGAUGAAAAUGAUUUCAAUAAGGACCGUGAAAAAUUGUCGCCUGCAUUAGUACCACAUGGUUGUAUCACUGGAAAAGAAGCAUCCAUUUUACACAAUAAUGAAGAAAUGGCUAUGCGAUUACCUGCAAAAGAGCAAUUAAGAGAAAGUCAACAUUGCAAUUACCAUGUGCAAAAUGCAAACGACCAUGAAACUAACCUUAAAUUUAACAGCAAAUCGGACGACAACGACCAUGUAAUUGCAAAAACAAUACCGCUACUUGAAAAUGAUGUACAUAAGGAUUCAACUGAUUUAAUACCUUCAAAUAUUACUCAUCCUUUGAAUCAUGAGCCGGAUCGUGAAGUCUUGAAUGUAAAUAGUGUGCGACUGUGUAAAAAAGAUAAGAACCAAUAUGUGUCUACAGAUAUUGAAACAAAAUUGCAGGAGCUCACAAAUUUAAGGGAUUAUUUUGAUGAAAGAAAUGAUAACUCCAAGCUCCCAGUAAAUGAAGGCAGCGAGGGGGCUUCUCAUUCGGUGCAACGUAAAAAGUCUUUUGGCAAUGAUCAAUCAAAAAAUACUAUGGAUAACCUACCCAACUUAUCAUAUGAAAACUGUGUUUCCGCACAGCAAGGAACCAUGGAUGGUUUAUGUAGUUCAAGUAAUGAAACAUCGGAUCUGAGGUUCAGUUCUGAUUCCUCGACACUUGAAAAAACACUUACUUCGACCAAUGAUGAGGAAAAAACCGUCAACUUAGAAAAUAUUGCACUAAGUUGCAAAGAAAGUACAUCUGAUUCUGGACCCCAAGUGGAGGAUUACGACAUAAAAUUAAAUUCCUAUCAAAAUGCUGAUAACUGCACAUCGGGAGAAAACCUUACUGCAAGUGAACCAAAUCCCACGAACCAAAAUUCUUCAAAUUUAAGCCAUACAACGAGGACAGAUUUAGAAUCAGUGAGUUCAGAUACUUCGGAUCAAGAGGGCUUUGAAUCCUUUGAUUCUGACAGAGAGGACUCAAUGAUGGAAAAUGGAAACUGUGAUAUCAAAUUCCCGAUGGAUAGUAAAACUAUCACUGCAUAUACAAACAGCAACAUGGAAAUACAAAGAGGACCCACCAAGCGAAUCACGCGACAGCGGAGAACAUUUACGCGCAGUGAACGAACGGCGCGAUAUGAGACUGUAACCACAAAAAUUUUGAGUCCUAAACAAUGUGAAUGUGUUCAAGAAACUUCGGAAACACGUGCAUCCGAACUGUCUGUCAAAGCAAACGAAAUCCUUCAAUCAAGCAGCUGUGUUGAGAAAUCGAGUCAAGAUAUCCAAGUUACUGCAUAUACAAUUUCUAGCAAGGUGAAAGAGAAUUUCAUUAAUGAUGAAAAAUCUUUGUGUUAUGAUCACAGUAUAAAUAGUUCAUCUUCCUUCCGGAAUGAACAGAACACAGAUUUAAUCGGAACUUUAAGAGAGAAGGAAGGUGAAAAUAUAGAUUAUCAUGCACACAAUUAUCAAAAUUCAAAUACUCAGGAAGUACUGACAUAUAGUGAAACAACAACGCAGGGAGACACGCAGCAUGUUUAUGCUAGUUUUAUUCUCGAAGACAAAACCUGCCAAUCGGUACCAAAAUAUUCGUCAAAUCGACUUUCAGAUGUCAACAUAGUUCUAAAACUUCAGCCAGAUGAAGACUGGGUUAAUAUUCAAAGGAACUCUAACGGUGCAAUAGGUAAUGACAUUCAACAUGAAGUGAACUUCACAUUAGAUUUAAGUCCAGAUCAAACUAAUGAUUCCGAUUCUCCAAAUACCAACGUGACAAAAUCCAGUUCAUGUGAAUCUGCCAAUUCCGAAGAUAUAAAACUGUGCGGUAUAUCCACGGGAGAUAAGAGGAAUGAUUACAGCAAAAGUGAAUCAACUUCUUUGAAGAUAACUGAUGUCAACGAGUUUCAAUGUAGGCAAAGUGGGAUUAAGCCUCAGGUUCACGACUUUCUUAUUCAAGAAAGUAAAGAAAUAAAUACUGAUAGAUUAUCUGAUAACGAAAAUCAUAACGAAAGCAAUGUCCAGAUUUCCGAUAUAACAGGUGUUACACCUCUAGACAGCCAGGAAAUACCGCACAAUAAAACAGAAAAAACCACUAGGGAUUCAAACAAUCAUGAAUUGAUUAAUGACGAUGCAACUACAACUAGUCCUGGAACUCCUAAAGAAAAUAAAUUUGAACUGAAUGUAUUGCCUGAAAACAAUGACAUUGAUGGUCAGGAAUGCAAUCAUGUAAGUGAUAAUGCUAAUACACAAUCAACAUCUGUAACAGAUUUAGGCAGUAGUGCAUUAUCUGGAGGCAUGUCAAACACUUCUCAAGUAAAGACAACAGAAUCCCUACAAACAAAUAGUGAGAACAAAGACAGAUUUUCUGCUGAAGCUACAGAUAGUGUUCAAGAUCUGAAAUCAAAUUCAAAGAGAGCGAAUCGUGUGAAAAAUGAAAUGCAAAGUGUUGUUAAAAAGGAACGAGACAGACAAGGUAUUAGGAGAUUCACAGCGACAGUUUGUCUACAGGAUGUCCAGGACAGCAAAGAAGAAAACAGAAAUAAAUUUAGAUCGAGAAGCAAAAGCCCAACAGGACUCAAAAACGAAGAUGGAGUUGAAAGUAAACAGGGAGUUUCUUGUGCUGGAGGGAACAGAGUAUUAGAAAUACGGCGGACUUUUCUAGGGAAAGCUGCAAAAAUCAACAUUCCAGAGCCAAAAAUCGAGCGGAACAAACCGAUGUCUCCUUCCACGCAGUUAAACUCCAGGAAUUCAAAGUGGGUUAACGCCUGUGGUAAAUGGAAACGAAUUGCAGUAGAUGACAAUGGGAAUCCACUUCAAGGACAAUUGUUCCCAGAAAUGACCCCCGUGGUUUCAGAUUCACUGUCAGAAAUAAAAGAGUCAGAAAAUGAAAGUAAAGAAAAGAAAGAACCGGCACAAAAUGACGAGCUGCAGACAGUUCCAUUCUCAGACAAGAGAGCAAUGUUUGAAAAAUCAAAACCCAAACAGCCACCAAAAGUCUUACCCAAGCCUUCAGAGGCCAAACGAAGGACUGUGGUCUCGUGUCUACAGCAAUGGAAGGGUCGUGUUGCAGAUAGGCGGAGCAGGGAGUUCGAUGAAAAAGUUGACCAUGCAACAAGUGCAAAGGAGGAAAAAGAACUGUCACCUAUUAAACAACUCAAGAGUCACAUAGAAAAUAUUGGUAAUAACGAUAUUAAACAGUGUGAAUUGUUUUGCCAGUUGGAAAGUAAAGAAGUUACCAGACCUGUAUGUGCGGAAAAAACAAAUGUACAAAAUUCAUUAGAUAAGUCAAGCAAGGAAAUGAAAAAUGGUAAUGGGUCUGAUAAUGAGAAAGCAUGCACAAAUAUUUCAUCACCAGUAACAAUCGACAGCUCUGAAAAUGUUCAGAAUGUAAUAACAGCCACAGAACACAGGAAUACUGACCAAACUUAUAAUGGGAUUAGUGAGCAAAGACUCUCAGAAGACCAAGAAAAAUGCAAAGUUAAAAACAAUUACAACGAAAUCCCCUUGAUUGACGCUGAAAGCAGUGACCUGGGUAUGAUACAAAAAGAAACUGAAGAAAUUCAGGAAGAGGUAAAACCAGAUGUUGACCCUUGCAUGCCACAAGAAAAUAAAGAGAGUUGUUUAAUGCGAAGGGAUAAAGUAAGUUCAAGAAGAAGAGAAAUGAAUUCAAUUCGAGCUGCAGGUGUCUGGGAUGCUGUCGUUGAUAAUAAAAAGAUACAAUCAACAAGGAAUACCUGUGAGGAGAAAAGUGCUGAUUUGGAAAGUAGUGAUGAAACAACACCAACAAACACACCAAAAACUCGCAAAAUGUUUGCAAACCCUGAAAAGGGGACAAACAUACCGAGAUAUACACCAAAAUUAAAAGCAGUAAAGAUAAAGCAAGAAAUGUUUCCCCUUGAAGGAUCUCAAGAACGCACCAAAUCUGUGACCGAUUCAUUAAAAGAGUCGCUGAAAACUCUCAACAGCAAUGAUGACAAAGAUGAUCAUGUGAAAUUCCACAUAGAUGAUUCUGAUGAGGAUGGUUUAAUUGAAGCACCAAAUCUGGAUUAUUCGUUUGAAAACAAAAUUUUGUAUUCACCAUCUAUAUUUGGAAAUUACAAAAAUUUUCAGAGCCAUAAGCAUUCGAAUGUUGGUGUGCCAAGUUUCAAUAUGGUUGGAGAAUAUUUAGACAGGCACAUCCUUCCUAGGCAAAGUGAUGAGCUGCUCUCGGAGAUAACAGAGCAUGAAGAAGUCAAUGGAAAUAAUGGAGGGUCCAAUCUAAACAAGAGAGGACAAAGUGGUGAUUCCUGUCUGAACCCAGUGAAAGAUAAAAAUGUACCUGCAGUGUCUUGUCCUGUCUCACAGAGGAAUAUCUUCAACAGAAGCCAGAGCCUGCCCACAACUUCACUUACCAAUGCUGGACAGCACAGAAUCAUUUACAGAAAUGGACACUUUGUGAUAGAGACUGAAUCUGAAUAUGAGGACACAGGGGAAGAGACCUUUGUGGAGCCAGAUGAGGAUCUAUCUUUAGAGUCAGUGGAGGACACGAGUACCAGAUUUAACAGUGGUCGGUCCUAUUCUGAGGCCAAUUUGACCAACAGUUAUCAUUCACCGCAUUCUGCUAUAUUUGAUGAGGAUGAGGACAUUGAUGUUUUCAUGAGGAAUGAAAAUGAUGUGACUGUGAUCGAAAACAAUAACGAUGGAAGUUCUCCUAAUUGGCAUGUGCUGGUGAAACGUCGAACAAAAACUGAGGACCAUGACAGUGAGAAUCGGAAGUCUAGACCCUUGUCCGUGGACGAGAGUCAGUUACAGACUCACAGAGUGGGAUCAGAUUCAGAAGAACAGUCUAUCGCCAUACAAGAGAGAAAGAGACCCAGUGAAAAUGUGAAACGCAGAAGUGCUAGUUUCAGGGAGCUAGGAACCGCAAAGUUACAGAGAAAUUCAAGUUUCCGGAAAGCUCAGGAAAGAGGAUACCUUCACUCAAUGCGAGACAGUCAGAGAAAUGAUAGUGUUGGAAAUUUAUCACUGACUCCAUCUGAGUAUUCAACAUGUAGUGAUUCGGGUAGGAGUAAAGGACCAGGGUUUCUUCAUAAGGUGUUCAAAAAGAAUAAGCCAACAGAGAAAAGUACUGAUGCAAACAGAAGUAAAGAUUCUGGGGCAAGGAAAAUGUCUUUAAAAGGUUUAUUCACUAAAAAGAGUAAAGGGGAAUUUGUGACUCAGAGGAGUGUAGAGGAACUUAAUAUUUCACCACCAAUUGCAGUGUUCCAAGGUGACAUGGACAUACAUGUGGACUCUGCCCCUAACUCUCCUUAUUCUAGUCAAUUCAGAAGGAGGCACACCUCCGCAGAAAUCUAUGAUGGCAAAGCCCAUAGUCUGCCCAGAAAAGCAACUGCCUACCAAAACUCACAAAGACUCUCCAGUGAAAGCAACUCUAGUUCCAGGUUAUUAGCGGUACAAAACCUGGAGAACCAUCCAAAGAGACCAAUAAGUCCCAAACCCAACGUGUUACUGCCUCGAAGGAACUCUAACGUUAGUCUCCCUAGUUCCCCAGUGAGAGACCAAUAUGACGGACCAUUCAAAACCUCCACCUCCAAAUUAGAUUCGUCGGACUCUGCCUCUAUAUGUUCUGGGGGUAGCUCCAUCGUGGAUGCUUCCCGCUACCCGCCUCAUAUCCCAGAAAGUGAGAUGACCCCUAGCAACAGUAAUGACAGCGGAAUCCAGCGAGACGUCAGUUUCCACUCCAGCAAUGAGUCAGUUAAGACGGCACAAGAUUCUUCAGGCAAUGUGGUCCGAAGGCGAAAAUCCCCCUCUCCGCGACCAGAAAGACCGAAAUCAGAAAUUAGCGUCCGAUGGGCGGACCUUGAGGAAUCAAGGGAGAUUACUCCAGUCAAACGAAGGGAGUCAUCGCGGAGAAGCAAGCAGAGACCCAAAUCUGACUUAGAGGACAAUAUCCAGUUGUUUGAUGAAAUGUAUGAAGACGUAAUUGACGACUAUGACUUUCUGACAGGUAGUGGAAGUUCCAUUGGCGAGGAUGAAAACAAACCAUUUGGAAGCCAGAUCUGUCUCCUUCCCUACAGCUCCUUACAAAAUCUGGAGAAACUGGGACGACUCUACAGUUACGACCAAAAACCGAGCAUGAGACGGAUGUCAACCCCCCACCCCAUCAAGACGCGACUGGAGCGAACCCCCAGAAAACAGAGGCGGAGGAAUCCACUGGUCCGAUCACACAGCAUGCCCGAGAGUCUUGAUAAACUCAGCAAGAAAAAGAAGUUCCUCAGUACUAUAGCUUCUUCAAACCUUCACCGUGAGGAUGUACUGUAUCAUUACGACAACGACAGCAGCAGUGAUGAGGGUUCGGAAUUCUCUGGGGACCAGAUCAGUCUCCACGAAAAAAGUCUCGCAUCGCGUCUGUCUGCCAGCUAUCUGUCCACACUCAGAGAGAUUUUACCAUUGCUGUUUACAAGACCAGAACCGGACACUCUAACGUACGCUGAGGCAUUAUGGGACCAUAUCACGAUGGACCAAGAGGAGCUUGGAUUCCGCGCGGGUGAUGUGAUAGAGGUGGCGGACAUGUCUGAUAAAGACUGGUGGUGGGGGGCCAUUGACGACCGCGAAGGCUGGUUCCCUGCCACUUUUGUCAGGUUACGGGUGAACCAGGAGCCCUCAGAUCUCAGUCUCACAACAGAAGACAUCCUGGAACAUUCCAGUCCAGCCAACAGACGAAUAAGUGUGAUCAACACGGACCAGGCCAGGGAAAAUGUGGUCAACGAAAUCAUCAGUGCAGAGAGGGAGUAUGUCAAGCAUCUCAAGGAUGUGGUAGAGGGUUAUAUACGACAUGCCAGAAAGAGAGAGGACAUGUUUUCGGAGGAUAGGAUAUCUGUGAUAUUUGGCAAUAUGGAAGAUAUUUAUGAAUUUUCUCAAAAGUUUCUAGAGAAAAUAGAGACUUCCUUUGUGAAAGACAAUCCCCAUCUGAGUCAAUUAGGGCACUGUUUCUUAGAGUGUAGCAAGGAGUUUGAGAUCUACUCUGAUUACUGUAAUAACCAUCCGUCAGCUUCAGGGGAGCUCAAAGAUCUAUAUAGGAACAAAAAAUACAGGCAUUUCUUCGAGGCCUGUCGAUUAUUACAAGAAAUGAUCGAGAUACCCCUCGAAGGAUUUUUAUUAACCCCCGUGCAAAAGAUCUGUAAAUAUCCCCUCCAACUCAAUGAACUCUUAAAAUACACCCCGGUGACCCAUCCCGACCAUGCCCACAUCAAGGGGGCGCUAGAGGCCAUGAAGAAAAUAGCCACCUUGAUCAACGAAAGAAAACGCAAGAUGGAGAGCAUAGAGAAAUUGGCGUACUGGCAGACAGCAGUGGAAGAUUGGCAGGGUCCCGACCUUUUGGAGGAUAGCUCAGAACUGAUAUUCGCGGGAGAAAUGAACAAAGUCAACUCCGCGGGCUGGUCCCAGGAAAGGAACUUUUUCCUGUUUGAUCAUCAGUUAGUGUACUGCAAAAAGGAUUUAUUAAAAAAGAAUGGUUACAGUUAUAAGGGAAGGAUAGAUCUGGAUGACAGUGAAAUUAUUGAUAUCGAGGAUGGAAAAGAUACCCAAUAUAAUGUUACAGUGAAAAAUGCUUGGAAAAUUCACGAGAUUUCCCGAGACAAGUGGUACCUUCUGGUGGCUCGGAGCUCAGCGGAGAAAGAAAAAUGGAUGAAAGCCUUCACCAGUGAACGGAAAAGAGUUAAAGAGGACCAGGAAAAUAAUUUUGUUCCUCUCUACUGGAAGCGGAUGGUCCUGAACAAAAUCAAGUCCAGUCAAGAAAAGCAGCGAUCUGGCGGACAGGUGAAUUAUCAGAAAGACUUUGUAAGAGGGAUGCCCUCGCAUGCCACUUUACCGCGGUCAUACGGAAAAAAGGUUCAGAAAAAGAAGGGCUGGUUUGGAUUCGGCAACAAGAAGACUAAGUGAUCCUAUAUUGCUAAUUACUGUGUUCAUAGCAAACAGUGAAAAUCUCCCAUAAUUCACUGCAUAUGAGAAUUAUUCUGUAUAAGGAUAUGUAUUCUCAUGCCGGUCACCGCAGGGUUAGUGACAUCUACGAUGUGCGAGAGGAAUUCAAGGAUUUCACUCAAACACUGCUAAGAGGAACUUGAGCUCUUCGCGUACAGGAAAUUAACGGUAUAUGUCCAUGUGGCAGAUGGACAGGCCCUGCCCCUCAAUGUGAUUUGUCACUGCCAAAAAUAAUGCAAGCCUGUAUAUUGGGAUUGAAUGUGUCUAUGUGUGAUUACAAAUAUACACAUUGUCGUGCGAGUGGAAAAUUAUGUGAUACUGACUUUUUAACAUGAAAUGUACUAAUAUUUAUUUUCAUGUGUAGUUUACCUUCGUGGAAGAUGAACUUUUUUUUUUAUAUCACAAAAUAUCAUGGAGUUAAUAUUUUUCUCUGCCAUUUGAUAAUUGUGUGCCCUUAGUCUUUCCAUAUCUUCCAUAAUAACUUGACUCUAAAACCAUUUAUAAUUUGUAUCGUGGAUACACAUAUGUAAAAAAUGUAAUGGUGCUAUAACAAACAAAAACUCUCACCAACAAAGUGCUGGUAGAUGGAUUAAAUCUCUCUUUAAACCAGUUUCUUGUACACAUUGCCUUUUUUUAUAAAUAUUUUAUGGUCACUUCAACUUUUCGUCACACUUAGAGAAGUUCCAUAAAGUACACCCCCACUAGAUCUUUCAUUAUGUCAGCCCACGUUGUUUAAUUCUUUCAUGUGGCUUCAUUCCAUCUCCUUUUAGUUUUUUCGAAAAUCAUUAAUCAUGUUGUCCUUUGUACAAUAUUGUGAUGACCAAAAGGGAUGUACAAAUAAGCCUUCAUUAUUUGCCAACAGGGGGCCAAGUCUUAGAUAUAUGGCUGAUACAUGUAUCUUCUAUUUCCCUGUCUAACUGUUGUACAAUUAUUUUUUAAACCUCUCCAAUAAUUCAUUUUUUGACAGCUUUUAGAUUAAAAUCAUGUAAUAAUUUCCUCCUCAAUUUCUAUUUCAUACAGAAAACUUUGUCUUAUUUUGAUGAGUAUGCCAAUUUUGUAAUGUUUACUUGAUGUAUAUUUCAUUACUUACAAGAAAAAGAAAGUUACUGUAUUUAUAUUAAGAUGCAGUCCCACCAGGUAUAUUGUACAAUUGUUUUUGUCAUAUGACUCUAGUCAAUGCUGUAGAUUUCGGUACAUUUUGUAUAUAUAAUUCUGCAAAUUGACGACUAAUAGUGCUUUAAUUACUGUAGUAGGUUGAAUAUUUCUGUCUUGUCUACUUAGUUUACAGUGAGACCUUGGUCUAACUAUAAAUGUACUGUAUUUAAUGGAAACAGAUCUGCUGAUAGAGCAGAACAAUAAAACAGUAAAACCUGUA